AUGGCGUCAUCAAAGCCCGAUAAUGCCUUCACAGACUUGCAAAACCACUGUGAUGGCAACAGGACUGCCACAGACAUAACAUUUCUCAACAUCCUCAAGAAUCGCCAUCCUAACCAUCACAUCACCUCGUACACCCCAGCCAACUGCGACCUUCAUGGCUACGCUGCCGCUGGCUUUGCUAAGUCUACUCUUAUCGACGACGACGAAUCUUUCGCCUUGACCACAAGCUACCAUGCUCCGGCCCUACGGCUCGAGCGCCAGCACCAUCCGGGCGAUCUCAAAGACACGAUGCUUCUCGCAUGCUGGAGAUAUGAGUGGACGACCACUGAGUUCUUAGUCUACAACCUGCAGCUUCGUAGCGUUUUCCGUGGCGGACCCGAAAUUUAUGCUUUUGUCCUCGCACCGCGCAGCGAUGGCGCUGUAUCGAAGGGCCAUAGCACCGCUACUGAUAAGUUGAUGUUGGCAGCUGGACAGUGGAGUCAGGAUCUACACGAGGAAGUAUAUGUCUUCGAUGGCGGAAGCUGGGUCAAGAACAAAGACCUGCAUGCGAGCAUCCAGACAAGCACCUGGGACGACGUAAUCCUUGAUGCCUCAACUAAGACCGCGCUCAUCGACGACGUAGAAGGCUUCUUCGACUCGCGCGACCUGUACGCCGAGUUCGCCGUCCCGUGGAAACGCGGUAUCAUCUUCCACGGCCUGCCCGGUAACGGCAAGACAAUCAGCAUCAAGGCGCUCAUGGCCGUCCUCGCUCGCCGUGAAGAACCUGUGCCUUCGCUCUACGUGAAGAGCUUCGAGGGAUGUGCGGGCCAACAGAUGAAUAUCCGAAACAUAUUUGCACGGGCGCGGAUCAUGGCGCCGUGUCUGCUGAUCUUCGAGGACCUGGACUCGCUCAUCACAGAUGCGACGCGAAGCUACUUUUUAAACGAAGUCGAUGGGCUGGAGAAGAACGACGGGAUCCUAAUGAUUGGAAGCACGAAUCAUCUGGAUGCGCUGGAUCCGGCGAUCAGGGACCGGCCGAGCCGAUUCGAUCGCAAGUAUCAUUAUCGCCUGCCUGGGUUUGGAGAGAGAGUUGAGUACGCGCGGUAUUGGCAGAAGAAACUGGAGAGGAACCCGAGGGUAGACUUCCCAGAAGGUGCAUGCGGCGUCAUUGCGAGUCUGACCGAUGGCUUUUCCUUUGCAUAUCUCAAGGAGCUCUUCGUAGCUGUUCUCCUUGUCAUUGCUCGUGGUGGGACAGGCGAGGGAAAAAUUCCAGAUACAGUGUCGCCAAACAGUAAUGUCCUGGUCAAUGAGACUAAGGAAGGAGAACAAGAAUCUCCGGCGAACGAGGCUGUCGAGCUCGACGAGAAGCAGGAAGCUGCACGCCUGCGCCGACAAGCAUUCUCAAGUGUAUCCAUCCCGGAAGAACUACAAAACAGCAUCCUAGUCAAGGUCAUGCGACAGCAGAUAUACACAUUGCUGGAGGAAAUGGACAACAAUGCGGCGCCAGCUCGGGACCGUAUUCCGAGGAAACCAAAACCCACCGCUGCGAUCAAAAAGUAA